UGGGUCCUGGCUCUGGCCAAAAUCUUCCGCCCCACUUCCGGGGGGGGCCCCCCACUUUCACUUUCUCCCCACUCCACGUACAACUUCCUCUUCCCUUUUCUGAAGGACUGGGCCCCCCACAAGGGAGCUGGCUUGUUGGUGCUGUCCAGGCCGGGUGUUGUGGGGGUUGCCGCGGGUUCUCCCGUAGUCCCGCCAGGCCUGUCCCCCGCGCUCCAUCCCUCGCGGUCGGCCCUUCCCGACCCCAGGCCUGGGCCUCGGUCCCCAGGUGGUGGGAUGGUGCCGGGCUGUUGCCGCGGACGCCGAGGCGCAGAGACAGCUCGGACCACACCGAAGACCGCCAGCCUCUCCCAGGUGACCGGGAGGUAGUUUCUCCAGAGCUGCAGCCCCCGUCGGAGGGGGCAUGGGCGCAGCCGGGCCAGAUGGACGAGAAGACCAAGAAAGCCGAGGAGAUGGCCCUGAAGCUCACCAGAGCAGUGGCUGGCGGGGAUGAAAAGGUAGCUGUGGAAUGUGCCAUCUGGCUGGCAGAGCACCAGGUGCCUCUGAAUAUACAUCUGAAGCCCGAGGUCUGUGCGUCCCAGGACAUCAGGCUGUGCGUGAGCGUGGAGGAUGCUCAGAUGCACACUGUCACCAUCUGGCUCACUGUGCGACCUGACAUGACAGUGGCUUCCCUCAAAGACAUGGUAUUCCUGGACUAUGGCUUCCCACCUAUCCUGCAGCAGUGGGUGAUUGGGCAACGGUUGGCCCGGGAUCAGGAGACUCUGCACUCCCAUGGGGUAAGGCGGAAUGGAGACAACGCCUACCUCUAUUUGUUAUCAGCUCGCAACACCUCGCUCAACCCUCAGGAGCUGCAGCGGGAGCGGCAGCUGCGGAUGCUGGAAGAUCUGGGUUUCAAGGAUCUCACAUUGCAGCCACGGGGCUCCCUGGAAGCAGACCCCUCGAGGCCCAGGACAUCCCAAGAGCCAGGAACGGCACAGCCAGAAGCUGUGCCUGAGCCCCCACCGGUGGGCUGGCAGUGCCCCGGGUGCACCUUCAUCAACAAACCCACUCGGCCAGGGUGUGAGAUGUGCUGCCAGGCUCGGCCUGAGACUUACCAGGUCCCCGCCUCGUACCAGCCUGAUGAGGAAGAGCGAGCUCGCCUGGCCGGCGAGGAGGAGGCGCUACGCCAGUACCAGCAGCGGAAGCAGCAGCAGCAGGAGGGGAACUACCUGCGGCAUAUCCAGUUGGAUCAGAGGAGCCUGGUGCUGAACACUGAGCCCACCGAGUGCCCUGUGUGCUACUCGGUAUUGGGGCCCGGCGAGGCGGUGGUGCUUCGCGAGUGUCUGCACACCUUCUGCAGGGAAUGUCUGCAAGGUACCAUCUGCAACAGCCAGGAGGCGGAGGUCUCCUGCCCCUUCAUUGACAACACCUACUCCUGCUCGGGCAAGCUGCAAGAGAGGGAGAUCCGGGCGCUCCUCACCCCUGAAGAUUACCAGCGAUUUCUGGACCUGGGCAUCACCAUCGCUGAAAAUCGAAGUGCCUUGAGCUACCACUGCAAGACUCCAGACUGCAAAGGAUGGUGUUUCUUUGAGGAUGAUGUUAAUGAGUUCACCUGCCCUGUGUGUUCCCAUGUCAACUGUCUGCUCUGCAAGGCCAUCCAUGAGAAGAUGAACUGCAAGGAAUACCAGGAUGAUCUGGCAAUGCAGGCUCAGAACGACGUGGCUGCCCGGCAGACAACAGAGAUGCUAAUGGGCCCAGGAGAUACCAGUGGUGGCUGCCGCUGCAGAGUGAAUGGGAUUCCCUGCCACCCCAGCUGUCAGAAUUGUCACUGAGCUGAUUGUCCAGUCACAUCAAUGACCCAGCCCCACAUCUGUGAGGUGCUAUGGGACAGGACUGAUGCUUUGGCUUUGAUUUCUGGCCUGUGAGAUGCAUUUAUGCUAGACUGGGAGGCCAAAUUCCUGCACUGCAUGGAUGGCUUUAUUUGCAGUAAGAUCUGUAAGAACCCUGCUUGAGCUGGCUGGUGUCCAUAGUCAAAUUUGCUCCAGUGCCUUGGCCUUUUCUGGCCAAACCUCUCAUCUCUGCUCUGCAGCUUUCACCUCUCCUUGAUCCAUCCUGAAACACCGCUCUUGCCAGAGGCCAGCUAGAUGGAGCCUGAGAACCCCAAGUCCACACACUCUGGCCCACCCUCAUCUGCUGAGCAUUCAACAACUUUAAAUGUUGGCUUUCUGGGUGUAACUUCUCUGCAUCAACAACUGUCAGAGGCCUGCCCUCUUAGAAUUGCUGCUAAUUCUGUUCAAAGCCAGGAAGGAGACCUGGUUUUUUGUUUUGUUUUUUUUUUAUAGCACAACCCAUUAGGUUCAGCUUCUGUGUCUCCCUCUAUGCUGCCAUUGUAAGCUAAUUAAAUGGUUUUCCAGGAAA